AGAAGGGUGGAGGCGGCACUAUUGGCAGAAUGGGGGAGGGGUGACAUCGGCUGCUGCUGAGAGAGUAAACGAAAGCCGCCAUUACUCGCCAACGUUCUGUAUAUUUCGCGAUUGUUGAACUGCGAAGAACCAUGUUAACCGAGGAAGAUAUGCAAGAGGAGUCUAUGAUGGAGACCUCAGGCCCCGAAGCAGAGGGUGGCGGACCAAGCGAAGGGGUGAAGAUUGACGCUAGUAAGACCGAGGAAGAUGAAGGGAAAAUGUUCAUUGGAGGACUCAGCUGGGACACAACAAAAAAAGAUUUAAAAGAUUACUUUUCAAAGUUUGGGGAAGUCGUCGACUGCACUCUAAAGCUGGAUCCUAUCACUGGGCGAUCGAGAGGUUUUGGCUUUGUAUUGUUUAAAGAGGCUGAAGGUGUCGAAAAGGUAAUGGAACAAAAAGAACACAAGCUGAAUGGUAAAGUUAUUGACCCAAAGCGGGCCAAGGCCAUGAAGACAAAAGAGCCCAUUAAAAAGAUAUUUGUGGGUGGUUUGUCUCCAGAUACCCCUGAAGAGAAGAUCAGAGAAUACUUUGGAACAUUUGGAGAGAUUGAAGCUGUUGAACUUCCUAUCGAUAACAAGACCAACAAAAGGCGUGGAUUCUGCUUCAUAACAUUUAAGGAAGAAGAACCAGUAAAGAAAAUAAUGGAAAAGAAAUACCACAAUGUUGGCCUCAGCAAAUGUGAAAUUAAAGUUGCCCUUUCUAAGGAACAGUACCAGCAGCAGCAGUGGGGAGGAACAAGAGGUGGUGGGUCAUCAUCAAGAUCUCGUGGAAGAGGAGGAUCAAACCUAAGUUGGAACCAGGGAUAUAGCAAUUACUGGAGUCCAAGCUAUGGCAGUUAUGGAUACAACAAUCAGGGUUAUGGAGGCUAUGGAAACUAUGACUACUCUGGUUAUAACUACUAUGGAUAUGGAGAUUACAAUAAUCAGCAGAGUGGUUAUGGGAAAACGGCCAGACGAGGUGGUCAUCAAAAUAGUUACAAACCGUAUUAAAUUAUUCCAAUCGCAACGUGACUCAAACAGCGGGGAAUUCAUUGCAGGCCCUGUGUCGCGCUGACUUCACGAUUCUCACAGGCCCGCUCAAUGCGGACAGGGUACGAGAUGCUCACGCUCUCGAAUGCUGCCGUUUGGUAUGGUCUCUUCCAACAUCCUGUAUCAGAAUUAUAAAAUAAACUGGAUACUCCAACCUAUACUUUCACUUAAUUAAAAAAGAAAAAAAAAAAGUACUUGUAAUUUUAUUAAUACAUUUUUUACAGGCCCGUAAUCAUUAGAUACGUGAACUUUACUGAAUCACUUAACUAUUUGUUCUUCUAAGGAUACAGCUGGAUUUUCAUAUUUUUGUUCAUAUUUGUUUUCUCCAUAUUAAUCUAUUUAAUGCUUGCUUUUCCCAUUUUUAUUCCUUUUUUUAUUUAUUUUUUAACAUAGAUGUAAUUGCAGUAAGUUCUUGGGCUGAAUUCCUGUUGUGUAUCAAUUUUUCAAAUACAGGGUUACCUGCGGAUGAAUUAUAACUUUCUGAAGCACAUGAAUUCUUUAAUUGUAUUAAAGACAAAAAAACAUAUUUUCACGUUUCACAUUUUAACUUAUUGUGUCAGUGUGGUGAAGGAAUAAUUUUGCAUUCCUCUUGCUAAAAGAUAGAACAGAAAUGUUGAACCAUGAUGGUUCUCUUUGAAAAUAUUUUGGUGCACAUGAGGAUUUCAUUGCUCUUGGACAUUAGUUCUGUUAUAUAUCAUAAUUAUUACCUUAUUGAUAAUACACAUACCUUGGCACAGACGUAAUAUGAGGAUUGAAAUAUAGAACGGAAAUGGCUAAUGUUUCUCAAGAAUGUUAUAUAAAUAUUUUGUGUUUGUUUCUUUUUUUCUUUUGCAGGUGGACAAGCAGUAUUUUCUGGUUUGAAGAUUCUUUUGAGGUGGCAAAUUCUGCAUGUGUAUAGCAUUUUUUUUUCUUUGACACCCUAUAAAAGGGAAGUUCUGUUAUAAUUCAUCUAGAUUUAAUUCAUAACCGCUUUUCUUGGUAGAAAUUAACUUUAUUAUGCCAGCAUGAAAGGUAGGCUCUUGUGUUUAAGAGCCUUCAAUGCCUGUGUCAUGCUGUACCGUUUUCUUCCUUUAUAAUAAAUUUCAUUUAAUUUUUUUAUAAUAUUGUCAAUAUUUUUUGUAUCUUACCAGUUGUGUGGGCUGUGAAGUGUAAAGUAUUCAUAAAAACUCUUGAUGAAUGCACUUUCCUAUGAAAUUCUUAAGAUAUUCCAAGGGGAGGGUUACAAUAUGCUCCCCCUUAAGCUUUUAUGUCCAGUCUUGCCUGCGAGAAGGCAGUUUCUGCUCACAGUAUUACUUGAACUCUGCACUAAUAUUGGUUAACAGAAUGGAGAGAUACCUGUUGCUAGACAGAGACUUUGGUGCAUCUAGGCUUCAGACUCUACAAGAUGUCAAGAUUACGCGACAUUUCUGCACAUCAUAUAUUUAAUUUUCAGCUUAAGAAUUUAUAAAACGCCUGGUGUUGCAACUGCAUUCUCUAGUACUAUUGUGUAAGUGCUAAAUCAUGGGCUUUUGACUAGACAAAGGCCAUAAUCCUUUCAACAUCAUUAAAUGUGUUUAUUAAAAUA